GUGAUGCAGAUGCUUAAGUGCGAUGAUCUGUAGAGCCAUGCUGGAGGGAAUGGCCAUCACAAGUUGGCUAUUCCUGGUAGGGUCACCCAUUCCAGAGGGGUCUACUUUGAGCGCGAAACUAAGAACUACCCUCCCCCUGUCUGGUAGCGUCUGUUUCCCUAUGGGACGGCUAUCAGACGCUUUCCACGGCUAUUCUCCCCUCACUGAGAGGGGUGGUCAUGGAAAGCAAGUCCGGCUGGUUCUACGAACCAUACACUUGAAUGUGUAAAGUCCGUCUGAAUCCACCAGCGUCUGUUCCCAUAUUGGGCGGCUGGUGGUCUGCGUCUGUUUCCCCUGUGGGGUCGGCAGUUUAACCUGGCAGAAGGUUAAAAAUGCACCUGUCACUAUGACAAAAAUGGAAGAGAAGAAGGACUCAUGCCCCGCGUACCCGGUCAGGGGCUUCAUAAUCUCCGGGGACCCUACUUCCACAGCGACGGUAAUGGGCUGUGGAAAGUCGAAUGCGACUGUUACCCAGACUAGUCAGGCGGCCACACCGGGUCAGGCUAGUUUGCGAGUUACCGGCGUCGCAGGAGGUCAGUUUGGUACACCCAGGCUGGCUGAAUGUAAAAAAUUCAAAACAAUCCGUAGUUGUUCACCAAGUGGCGAGGUACCUCUGGACUUCUCAGCAAGUACCUCCAAAGCUGCUGCAGCCCAAACCGCCAAGACGGUUAAAAACCCUGCUUCGGGUACUGAUGAUAAGGGGUCGGCUAAGUCGUCUCUUACACCAGCUUCCCAAGUGCCAAUUGUACCUCCAGGUUCAGUGACGGUAUCCUCCUGUCCUGGGGAUGUACCACCCCCUGCCAAGUCCGGCAAUCAACAAUCGACUCGGCACAAAAAACCCUCCAAGCGGGCGGCAACUACGAGGCGUUCCGCCUUUAGGAUUAUUGAGCUACUCGGGUCCAAACCACCCGGAGAACUCACCACGGAGCAAUCAGCUUCCCUCCAAUGGGCCAAGACCCAGAUCGCUGGCAACGACAAUGCUUCUCCUCCCGCCGAAGUGAAAACGGAAGCGGCGCCUAAACGGCAACGUUCAGAGGAGGAAGCAGCUUCUGCAAGCCAGCAAUUAGGGACGAAACGUCCAAAACAAACGCAGAAGUCAAUGACGCGCUCCUUCAGUGAGGUUGCUAAAGACAGCCUCGUUCGGGCCGUCAUUGACCGAAGCGAUGUUGACGGAUCCAUAUCCCAGUCUAACUGGGAUGUGGUGAAGCAAAAGCUAAUGGGAGUGUUCUGGCAAGUUCUCAAAGAGAACCCAGGUACUCCUCCUCAAUGCGAUGACGCUGGAUGGUUCCAGGGUCACGUUAAAUUAAUGACUUGUGCAGACGAACGCUCAGCGUUGCUGCUCAAGUCUGCCAUUUCGCUAUUGGGUGAGGUAUGGGGUGGAUCUAAGCUUGAUGUGGUGACUCCUGAGGAGAUACCACGCAGGCCUCGAUCCAUCGCCAAAAUACCGUCAGAACCCUCCACUCCCGAAGAGAUCUUGGAGAUCCUAAAGUGCUGCAACCCUCAGCUUCCAACUAAUGACUGGAAAGUUGUAAGGGUUUCAGAGGCUGACGGACCUUCAAGACAUGUGAUCGUAGUCCUGAACAAGGAAUCCUUGGAACCGCUGCGAGAAACAAAGGGGAAGGUCUAUUACGGCUUCGGAACGAUCUUCCUCCACGUUUAUCGUAGCGAUUCCAAGGGCGAUCCCUCUCCGAAGGUGGAGGUAGAUGAUGAGGUGACCGUGCAGUCAAUAGAAGGCACGGUUAGCAACACAACCUCUGAUCCCUCCGAGAAAGAUGAUGCUCAGUCAGUCUCUGAAUUGAUGAGCAAACUCUCCACUCGGAAGGAUGAUGAGGUCGACGAUGACGACCUUCUGGGGCUAUCCCAGGAGAUCGCCAACGUCGAUGUUGUUACCCCAGGAGAUGGUGAGAUUGACUCAAAUCAAUCUACACCACUCUAAAGCAGCAUCAGCUGCAUUGCUCCUCCGAGUGGCGCAGAGAGGGGAGGAGCUAAUAAUGGUCCAAGAACCAUGGAUCCAUCAGGAUCGGGUUUGCGGACUACAACAUAAGGACUAUAAAAUCCUGUAUGUUAAAAGUUCAGUGAUGAAGAUACGGUCGCAGCCGCACUAGAACAUGGCGGCACUACCACAUGGCUGGUUUCUAGUUAUAUGGCCCAUGAUCACGGGGAUUGUCCUCCCAAUAACAAUGUCCGUAGAUUGGUAGAUAAGGCGAAUAUGCACAAUAUCCCUGUCAUCAUAUGUGCUGACGCUAACUCGCACCACAGUAUUUGGGGUAGCAGCGACACUAACACAAGAGAACAAUGUUGGAGUCAAUGGGCACACACAAAGAGUUAAAACAUGAAUUAGAAAAUCUUUUAGAAAAAUGGACGAUAAAUGACUUGUUAGAAUUCUUUAUGGAACAACAAUUAUAUGUCAAUAUACUAUUACAACUUCCGUCUGAAAUGGCAGUUCGUAUUUUUGCUAAUACAGAAUUAUCUCUUGGUGUUCAAGCUCUUUUUUUUUUAAAUGGUCAGAGUGGAAAAAAUCUUUUAAUCGUUUAAAUUUAUUGACACAAAGUGAAAUUGAACCACAAGGAAUAAGUUUAAAUAUAAUCCUAAAUUCAAAUCCGUAUGGAAAAUCUGUUAAAUUAAUGUUUGAAAAAGAAAAAAAACUUAAUGACAACUCAAGAAAACUUCUUUGUGAGUCUAUCUUACACUACUUUAUCGACAAUGAACUUGCGUUAACUGUAAGAGAUUCAGAACAUUUAGCGAAGCAAAUUAUUGAAGCAUUUCCUGACGAACAAAUGGCCUAUUAUUUUCUAAAAAAACAAAAUGCUGCUCCCCUAGGCAAAAUUUAUCAAAAGUAUAGAAAUUGGAAAGCGAGUUUAUGUCGAAAAUCUAAGAAUGUUACGGAAAAUAUAACCCCACCUGAGAUGCAUGACGAAGAAGAUAGUAUUAGAAUAUUAAAACAUGAGCUUAAAACAUUACCAUUUGACCAAAUUUUAUUUCAUUGGGACAAAUGCAGGAGUUCUAGAUUAAAAUGCCUUAGCGAUUUGAAGUUAAUGGAUUUUUUUAAUGAAUGGCCGAUUUAUAAAGACAUUCAGGGAUACAAAAUGAUAACAUAUAUUCUGGAUAAUCUUCAAUUAUUUGCUGAUGUAAUGAUUUCAACAAUUUUUCCAAAAAAUAUUUCCAAAUUUAAAGAAGAAGACCAUAUUUUAUUCAACUACCUUAUAAACAAUAAACACAAUGCUGAUAAAAAUGUAACUCUGCUAAUUGUUUUCUUUCUCGAAAAAGGUAAAAUACCUUUUUCGAGAAUCGAAAACUCAAAAUUUAAAAAAGGAAAUGCUCGCUUUUAUAAGCACGCAGAAGCUCGACUAUCUUUUAUAAUGAUACACCCUACCGAGGCUGAAUAUGAACAAUUCAAUAAAACACAAUUAGUUGGUAAUAGACUGAAUGUUCCCCUUAUAUCUGUUAUCGGAUCUAUAUAUAAUCCUGUGGAGAUAUUUGUUAAUUUCUGUAAUUUAAAGUACAAAUAUUGUUCAUUAAGCAAAGCAAUCGAUACAGCGUUUAAAUCCUAUUAUGUUUUUAAUAUACAAUUUCCUGAACAGUGCACACCUAUGUGGGACUUUAUAAAUCUCUUAUUUUAUAAAAUUAAAAUUCGAGAUGGAGUGACAGUACCAGGUGUUCACAUUCUUGUUAAAACUAUUCAAGAGUCCAUUGAAAAUGAUCCUGUUGUUCGAUGUUCCA